ACGCAGGUGAUAAAGGAAGGCAAAACCAGACGGCAACAAUGGCGUUUCCAGCGUCUCUUUCAUCGCCUUCGUCUUCAACCCCAAAAUUUCCGCUUAAUCUCUCUAAACCCAAAACCUCCCAACCCCAAAAAUGCUUAAUAUUACGUCUCCCUCACAAACCCUUCCAGACAAGUUGUGCCAAAGUAGUGUCAAUGUCCCAAUUUGGUGAACCAAAUAAGGGACACAAUCAAGCUCUUGAAAUCAAGGUUGUGAAGGAGAAGCUUCUGGAGGCCAUACCCGUCACAGUUAAAGAGCUUCCAUGGAAGAGAGCAGCAGACAUUGCGCUGAAGCAGAUGCUUUGUCUUGGGGAGAAGGCACUCAAAUGGUGCCUUGUUGCUUUUUUUGUGUUGAGCUUCUUUUCAGAUGUUAUAUUUUCGAUCUCCAGGAACAGAGAACUAGUCAUACCCUUUGGUCUCUUUGUGGGGUGCUUCGUUACUGAGAUUUUGAAGGAGGCAUUGCAGCUGGUGCUUCCCGUUUCCGAGGAGAAGGGAUUCGAAAAGCACCUUAUCGGAAUCGGCUGCCUCUUUGCUGCUGUCAAGUUCAUCUCGUAUGGUCUCCCAAUACAGGCGCAGGUGAUAGUUCUCAAUGUUGCAAAUGGUGGGUUCCUGCAAGUUUUGUGGCUCUGGAGAGGUUUGUUUAACAGAAGUGAUGUUGGUAAUAGUGCCAUGGAUGUGACAAUGUAAUUUGCCUCUGGUGAUGAAAUAGAAUUAUGCUAUUUGCUUGGAUGUGAAACUGUGUAAUCUGCGCCAUUUGCAGAAGCUGAUCGGAUUUUGUGGGGUUGCGAAAAAGUAUCAAUGUAAUUCAAACUGUUUAAAAAGAU